AUAUUACAUAUGAACAACCAACCUUCAAUUAAAGAUAGAUCAAUAAUACUACAAGCCAAAUACAUAAUUAGAACAUUACAACUUCCUGUUGAUACCUUGAUAAAAAAAUUACUGCUUCAUUUACUAACAUCUGCAAGCCGCUUACGAUGA